UUGAAAGUUGUCCUUAACACAAAACCCUAAGAUUCCAACAUUUUUGUGCGGAAGCGCGAAGAACACAAAUUGGUGGUGAAGCAUCUUCUCUCAACAGAAGACUAUGCCAAGAGAUUCGAUCUGCUGAAGCUUGCCUUGAAGGAAAUUAUCCGGGUCAUCCAAGAGGACGGAGAAAACUUGCGCAACAACGACCUAGCCGAGGGUUCCGCGCUUCCAAAGAACCCCGAGUUGGUCGAUUCCUUGGCGCGAUAUCUGGAAAACACGUGCUUCUUCGGCGAGCUCGUGCUACACUUUCCGGACAUGUCCUACCGGAUACUGAAGGGCGUCGAUGGAUGGCGUGACCUUUUGAUCCGGGCACUCGAGUACACGCGCAGCUUCGUUAACAUCCUGGACCAGAAAUCGCUGGAAAUGUUGGGACUUUUGGAGCAGGAAAUUGACGAGGGUAAGCGAACGGACAGUUACGUGAAUCCCUACCGGGAACGUGCCAACGAAUCUUCCAAGAGUAAGGAGGCCAAGAAGAAGAAGAAAGCCAACAUCAAAAAGGGACCGCAGCUGUCGGGAGGAGCAAAGACUGAACUUUAAAGCAAGUAGGUGCCUCGUUUAUUUCAUUGAAAAUCUUAUAUAUUUUACAUUUAAUCGUAA